AUGUUCAGAAGAAACUACACUGAGGUGACAGAAUUCAUCCUCUUAGGCCUCACGAGUCGUCCAGAAUUGCGAGUGGUUUUCUUUGCGCUGUUCCUGGUGGUCUACAUCAUUACUGUGAUAGGAAACCUGGGCAUGAUCAUUUUAAUCAAGAUCGAUUCCCGCCUUCACACGCCCAUGUACUUCUUCCUCGCGAGUUUGUCUGUGCUUGAUCUCUGCUUCUCCACCAAUGUCACUCCCAAAAUGCUGGAAAACUUCUUGUCGGAGAAGAAGACCAUCUCCUACGCAGGUUGUUUGGUGCAGUGUUACAUCGUCAUCGCCGUGGUGCUCACUGAGCACUGCAUGCUGGCCGUCAUGGCCUAUGACCGCUACAUGGCCAUCUGCAAUCCCCUGCUCUACAGCAGUAAGAUGUCCAAGAGUGUCUGUGUCCGCCUGGUCAUUAUCCCCUAUGUUUACGGCUUCCUCCUUAGUGUCAUGGAGACCUUGAGGACCUACAACCUCUCUUUCUGCGGUGCCAACGAGAUUAACCACUUCUACUGUGCGGACCCCCCUCUCAUCAAACUGGCCUGCUCCGACACCUACAGCAAAGAGCUGUCCAUGUACAUCGUGGCCGGCUACAGCAACGUCCAGUCCCUCCUCAUCAUUCUCACCUCCUAUAUGUUCAUCCUGGUGGCAAUUCUCAAGAGCCGUUCUGCAGAGGGGAGGAAAAAGGCUUUCUCCACCUGUGGCUCCCACCUGACCGUGGUCACUAUCUUCUACGGGACCCUCUUUUGCAUGCACCUGAGACGCCCCACUGAGGAGUCUGUGGAGCAGGGGAAAAUGGUGGCUGUGUUUUACACCACCGUCAUCCCUAUGCUGAACCCCAUGAUCUAUGGGCUCCGGAAUAAGGAUGUGAAAGAGGCGUUGAGAAAAGUGUUAGGAAAACAGAAAGUAGGGGACUAA